GAGACCAUGUCCAAUGCUGUUUUUUCGUAACUUUCUAUUGAAAUACUUUUUACAAUCAUAAAGAAUAUCACCCCUUCUUCUGCCCGCCGUUUAUCUCCGCUGUCUUACCGCUCACACGCCUGAUAUAAAUGAAAUGCAACUUCAGAACAGAAUUAAGCAAUUAAAGGUGCAAAAAGGAUAUAAAGAAAACAGACCUAUGUAUCGAAACGGGUUUUUUUCCCUGCGCACCCGAGCUUCAUACUUCCAAGCAGAGUACAAAUUAUCUACCUUGCCCAUUUGCUUUGCCCGACUGAGGCCGAUAUGCGCGUGCGAAUUCGAAACUUCCGAACGUGCCCGUGUUUCGUUCCGUUCCGCCACGCCACGCCCUCGGCCAAAUGCGCGCAGGAACAAAGCUUCAUUUGCCCGGCAAAGCUUUGAGCGUCUCCCCGCGGCAUUUCGCCGCGCCCCCACGAACAUCCGAACUCUCGGCAACCAAUAGAAGUGCGGCUCCUCGCACGAGACCGCUCUCGCUGUCUCACCCGCGCACCGCCUCGAUCGAUCAGACAAUGGCAGCGGCGGCGUGGGAGCAGAGGACGCCCUUCAGUCUCUGCCACGCCUGCGCAGUGGGUUCUGCUGAUGCCGUGCCUAGUCAGCCGGCUUUGCCAGUACCGGUAGCUGCUGCAAAGAUUUGGCCUCCUAACGCCGCUAGGAUGUCAGAAAGCUGGAAAAGGAGGAUAAAAGCAGCAGCCAUGAAAACAUCUCUCCGCAAAGUUGGCUGGUGGAGGAACAUGCCUCCUGACCCAGCAGGAGCCAUCUCUGCCUAAAGAGAAGAACAAGGAUGCUCCAGUGAAGCUGAGGUAAAGAUGGCUGAUCCUUGGGAAGAAUGCAUGAACUACGCAGUUGCUUUAGCAAGAAAAGCUGGAGAGAUAAUCCGGGAGGCAUUGACAGAGGAUGUAACUGUUAUGAUUAAAAGUUCUCCAGCAGAUCUAGUCACAGUCACUGAUCAAAAAGUGGAAAAUAUGAUUAUAUCUUCUAUAAAAGAAAAGUAUCCAUCUCACAGCUUUAUUGGAGAAGAAUCUGUUGCAGCUGGUGCAGGAAGUAUUUUGACAGAUAAUCCCACUUGGAUUAUUGACCCUAUAGAUGGAACAACUAACUUUGUGCAUAGGUUUCCCUUCGUAGCAGUUUCAAUUGGCUUUGUAGUAAAGAAACAGAUGGAAUUUGGAAUUGUGUAUAGCUGCGUGGAAGACAAGAUGUAUACUGGCCGAAAAGGAAAAGGAGCCUUUUGCAAUGGGCAAAAGCUCCAAGUGUCAAAACAACAAGAUAUUACAAAAGCACUCUUAGUAUCAGAAUUGGGAUCCAACCGUGAUCCAGAAGUUUUAAAAACAGUUCUUUCUAACAUGCAAAGGCUCCUUAGUAUUCCUAUUCAUGGAAUUAGAGCAGUUGGGACAGCAGCUAUUAAUAUGUGCCUGGUGGCAACAGGAGGAGCCGAUGCCUAUUACGAGAUGGGGAUUCACUGCUGGGAUAUGGCAGGAGCUGGGAUUAUCCUUCUUGAAGCAGGAGGAGUGUUGCUCGAUGUCUCAGGAGGACCAUUUGAUUUGAUGUCAAGAAGGAUAAUCGCUGCAAAUAGUCAAGCGAUAGCAGAGCAGAUAGCAAAAGAGAUUCAGAUCAUUCCUUUGCAAAGGGAUGAUGCAUUGAAUUAAAUAUCCUAUCACAUGGCCUAUAUUUCAGAAAGAACUUUUCUUUGAAGCUCAUCCAUGUACAUGUCUUAAGUUUAGAAAUAUAUUAAUGAUAAGUUGAUUUAUAUUGUAAAAUGUAAAUUGUUUAAUAUGUGAGGUCAUAAUUUGUUUGAAAUAAAGAUCAGUUUUAUGUAGAAUUGUUAUAAAUUAUCUUUUUGAAUGUUUUUCCCCUCUUCCUUCAGCUUUUCAGAAAUGUAUACGCUCCAGCUUCUAUCGAGCAGUUUAUCAAUCUUUAAAAAUCACAUUUUCAUUACAGUGGUUUUCUUAAACUAUUCCUGAAACUUUUCCAUCUUGUCCCAUCUUGUAAAUAUAAUUGCUGGAAGCAGCACUACCAUUGUACAAUAUGCACUGUUGCCUUUUUUUUAAAAAAUCAAAUAUUAGUUUUAGACAGUGCAAAAAAAGAUUUACAAAAUAGCAAGACAAGAAUGUAUGAGAAAGAAGAAGGGAAGAGAUGGAUAGCCUUCCUUAUUUUCAUUUUAAAAACAGUGUAUUUUCUUUACUUGAUUCAUUAAAUCAGUUCCUCAAAAUGCAUGAGACUAUACUGGCUACUCCUAGUUAAGUCAGCCAGUAGAGGGCCUCAUUUCCUCCAUUUCACAUACUUCUCUUUCCUUUCCUGAUGAACUAAUACAGUUGUCCUAUUUAUAAUAUACACGAAGCAGCAUUUCUCACCCUUGGCAGUUUGAAGAUGUGUGGACUUCAGCUCC